GCAAAAUGAAUGGGAAAAGAAUCGAGCACGCUGUAAACUCCGGUGAUGGCUCUCCUGCAAGGCCAUGGUGGCGCCUCGCAGAGAGAGCCCACGAGAGGAAUGUGAAGCUGGAAGGGAGACGAAGAUGUGGAGCAGAAGAAACAAAACGGCCAGGUGCAGCGGCUGCGACGUGCUACUGGUCGUACCGCCGCAAGCUCGGGCCAUUCGCUGCGCCGCCUGCCUCGCCAUCACCGACGUGGGGAGCUCCCAAGACCCUGUCCGGCAAGCCAUGGGCUUCCUCAAGUCCGUGGUCAUGAACAUCUCCAAUGGCAUCGGCUCCCUCAACUCUUCGUCGUCGAGCAGCGGCUCCAGCUCCCAAGGCUAUCCCAUCACUAGUCCGCCGCCGAGCUUUCCCCGGGUGCGGGGCAAGAAGAGGGCGGUUCUCGUCGGCAUAAGCUACGUCGGGCGGCGGUACGAGCUCAAGGGGACGGUGAAUGACGUGAACUGCAUGAGGUACCUGCUGAUUGAGAGGCUUGGGUUCCCUGCGGAAGGCAUCCUGGUCCUCACCGAGGAGGAGAGGGGCCCGUCCCGGGUGCCGACGAAGGAGAACCUGCGGAUGGCGAUGCGGUGGCUGGUGAGCGGGUGCGAGAGCGGCGAUUCGCUCGUGUUCCACUUCUCGGGCCACGGCGUGCAGCGGCUGGACCCCAGCGGCGACGAGGUGGACGGCUUCGACGAGGCGCUCUGCCCCCUAGACUUCGAGGCCAACGGCACCAUCCUGGACGACGAGAUCAACGAGACGCUCGUCCGGCCGCUCCCCCGAGGCGUCAAGCUCCAUGCGCUCGUCGAUGCCUGCCACAGUGGCACCGUCCUCGACCUCCCCUACCUCUGCCGAUUAUCCAGGGCAGGGUAUUACCAGUGGGAGGAUCACAACCCACCAUCAGGUACAUGGAAGGGCACGAAUGGGGGAUUGGCUAUUUUGCUCAGUGGUUGUGAUGACCACCAGACUUCUGCAGAUACCUCGGCUUUGGCAGGCUCGACAACUACGGGUGCCAUGACUUAUAGUUUCAUACAAGCCAUUGAGAAUGAACCAGGAACUACUUACGGUCGCCUGUUGACAGCCAUGCGCUCUGCUAUUCGGGAGGCCAGCACAGGCAUUCGCAUGAGUGGCCCAAUUGUUUCUCUUAUGAGGAAGGUGUUCAACUUUGGGUUAACCCAGGAGCCUCAGCUAUCUUCUUCAGAGAUGUUUGACAUUUACCGCAAGCCAUUUCUCCUGUAGAGAGAGAGAGAGAGAGAGAGAGAAUUUAAAGUAUAUCUUUGUGCUUCAAUACAUAUUUCACAGCCACUAAUACAUCCUGGACCACCAUUUUUCUUUGUGA